AUGCGAGGUAGAUCCUAUGCUAGACUGACGCUUAUCUCUCCAUCAGUCAUUGGCGAUACCGGCGAGAUGACCUAUAACCCCGUCCUGCAAAAGUGGGAGGGUAACGAGCGCAUCCUGAAGGACUUUGAACAGGGCCUUCCCGUCCGCCCGGCACUCAUCACCAACAUUGGCGGCAACAAAGUCGCCCAGAUUGUCGGGAACAUGGUCUUUGAUCCCGUUAAGAUGACAUGGAAUCGCAUCAAGAGCCAGGACAAUGCAGCAACAGCCGACGACGACGACGAUAUUUUCAAAGACUUUGGCGACUGCCUCACUGUUCCAGACGAAAAGUUUGAGUUGCCAAAGUCGGUGGUCGAAGGCUUCUACAUCUCAGAGUCGUCGCACAAACUGUUCAUGGGGAACUGGUAUCCGCGAGCGCUGUCCUCAAGCAGCCGCAGUGUGGGCAGGGACAACAUUUCCAAGACCCAUCUGUAUGAUAUCCGGACGGUACGUGCUCGCUGGAUUCGCCCGUGCAUCAGCAGCGAGAGCCACGCAAGUCCGUCUGUCCCUACGAUACCAUUUAUCCCUCAUUGA